GAGGGCUCCUCCGACCGCCAGCGCCGCCGUCAGUGCCGCAGCCCGGGCUGCGAGGAGCAAGCCGAGCCGCUCAGCGCCAGAGCCGCGGAGAUGGGCAACGCGGCCACCGCCAAGAAGGGCAGCGAGCUGGAGAGCGUGAAAGAAUUCCUGGCCAAGGCCAAAGAAGAAUUUCUCAAGAAAUGGGAAGCCCCGGCGCAGAACACGGCCCAGCUGGAGCACUUUGACCGCAUCAAGACUCUGGGCACAGGCUCGUUCGGGCGCGUGAUGCUGGUGAAACACAAGGAGACGGGCAACCACUUUGCCAUGAAGAUCCUGGAUAAGCAGAAGGUGGUGAAGCUGAAGCAGAUUGAGCACACCCUGAACGAGAAACGCAUCCUGCAGGCUGUCAACUUCCCCUUCCUUGUCCGGCUCGAAUAUUCCUUCAAGGACAACACCAACCUGUACAUGGUGAUGGAGUACGUGCUGGGCGGGGAGAUGUUCUCCCACCUGCGGCGCAUCGGCCGGUUCAGCGAGCCCCACGCACGCUUCUAUGCUGCCCAGAUCGUGCUGACCUUCGAGUAUCUCCACUCGCUGGACCUGAUCUACCGAGACCUGAAGCCCGAGAACCUUCUCAUCGACCAGCAUGGCUACAUCCAGGUGACAGACUUUGGUUUUGCCAAGCGCGUCAAAGGCCGGACCUGGACCCUGUGCGGGACACCCGAGUACCUGGCUCCUGAGAUCAUCCUUAGCAAGGGCUACAACAAGGCCGUGGACUGGUGGGCCCUGGGAGUGCUGAUCUACGAGAUGGCAGCGGGCUACCCCCCCUUCUUUGCUGACCAGCCCAUCCAGAUAUAUGAAAAGAUCGUCUCCGGCAAGGUUCGGUUCCCCUCUCACUUCAGCUCCGACCUGAAGGACCUGCUUCGCAACCUGCUCCAGGUGGACCUCACCAAGCGCUACGGAAACCUCAAGAAUGGAGUCAACGACAUCAAGAAUCAUAAGUGGUUCUCCACCACCGACUGGAUCGCCAUCUACCAGAGGAAGGUGGAAGCUCCCUUCAUCCCGAAGUGCAAAGGCCCUGGUGACACGAGUAACUUCGAAGACUACGAGGAGGAAGAGAUCCGAGUCUCCAUCACCGAGAAGUGCGCCAAGGAGUUUGCUGAGUUCUAGGCGUGGCCCCCCUAGUGGCUUCCUUUUGGGGGCGGGGGUGUGGGGGGUUGGAUUGAGCAGCCAGAAGGCCCCAGAUUUCUUGGCAUAUUCUUUUUUC